AUGCUUAGCACACUUGCUUUGAAGUAUUGCCAUCAGAUUCUGUUCGAUCCGAAAAACUUGAUAAGAAAAGAAUUCAAGUUUAAAAAACUACCAAUUAUUGUCAGAAUGUUGAUAAUACAACUAAUGGAUCCAGCUGAACGAUUUGCAUUGAGUCUCACGUCGAAACGGAUGAAAACCGAUGUGAAAUUAAUCAAAAAACAAAAAUAUUACCCUCAAAUAAAUUUUAAACGGGAUAGAUUUUCAAGACCAUUUAUUCUUCUAACACUGAGUGGAGAACCAGAUUUUGAAGUAUGUUGUAACUCGCUAGGAUAUAAGAGGAGAGGAGGAGGAUAUCACUGGCUACAGUACAAUAAAGGGGCACUCAUUGGGAACACAGAUCUAGCUAUCAGCAAACUUUCCCAUAUUCUUAAACUCUGCGGUGUCGGAAUUCAAUUCACAAAAGUAACUCCAAGUUUGAUACUUCUCGAAAAGUUAUUCUCCAAUGACACUUUCAAAUCAUCUUGGGACAAAAUCACAUUGUAUGGAAUUGAUUUCAAUUCAGAGAUCGUCAACUUCUUUUUAAAUAUGGCGGAUCUUCGUAAAGAAUUUCAAAUUUUCAAUUCUGAUAUGCCAUUGGAUUUCAAGCAUGAGAAUGUCUUCAAAUUUCGAACCAAUGAUUACGAUGAUGCUCGAUGGGUCACUUUGAGUGACAUGCUGAACAUCAGAGGUGUGGAAAAUGUGACAUUGGGCAAGACUAAACUCACUUCGGAUGAAGUGAGACACUUCAUUGACAGUUGGAUCAAUUGUCCAGAUGAUAUGUUCUUAUGGAUGAAGAUCGGAGCGAUGGAAAUUGUUCAGUUGGAAGGACUAUUCAACGAAUUGGUUGUGUUGGAGCAUGGCAUAAAUCCUUCUAACAUUUUCACACUUGCCAAGUCCACUUCGCGAGCCUACAAGCUCUUGCUUAUUCAGCAUAGUUUAGGUGCUGUGGGACUGUCUGCAUGGAAACCUUAUGAUAAUGCUGCCAGAUCUGGAAAUAUCCAGGAAAAAUACAAAAACGUUUAUGAGAUCAUGGAACUGUUGGAGAAGGAGAAAACAUUGGAAAAGGAAUUCGAGGAGACAACAGAUGCAACGAAACAGAGAGAAUACAGGGAUCAAAUCCAGAAAUUGGAAAGAAAGAUUCAUGAAUUGGGAGUGGUUUAUCGAGAUGGAAGAGCUACUAUUUAA